AUGCCGCUUGCGAAGUUGGCCCUGGGAGCAGAGCGUGCCACUUUGAAGGAACUUUUAGAUGCUAUUGGUGUUUCUCAAAAAAAUUUGAUUAGCGAGCAUUUCAAAAGACUAAUUCUGGAACUGCGAUACCUUCCUGGCGUAAGACUAGAUAUAGCCAGUAAACUCUAUGUAUCAUUAAAGAGUCAUCUACAAAAAGCUUUCGUAGACCAGGCGAGGGAUAUAUUCGCAUCUAGUAUUUCAAAAUUAGAUUUUGAAUAUCCAACUUAUGCAGCUGAAGAAAUUAAUACAUGGGUAUCUGCACAAACAAAUGGUCGCAUACAAGACAUUAUCAGUGCUAAUGAUAUUACACCUACAACGUCUUUGAUUUUGGUAAACGCCGUAUAUUUCAAUGCGAAAUGGGAAACUCAAUUCUCAAACAUUAAAAAUGGUACAUUUCAUACGCUAAGCAGUAAAAAAACUAUACCAAUGAUGAAAAGUGUUGGACCUUAUAAUUACACAAAAAGUGAAGCGUUGGGGGCUGAAUUAGUAAUGAUACCUUAUAAAGAUGGGAUGGUAACAUUUCUAUUAGUGUUACCAUUAUCAAACACUGGUCUGUCAGUUCUUCUGGAUCAGUUAAAACUAGCUCCCGAUAUAUUAGAAGCAGCAAUAAGUCAGAUGGAAGAAAGAAACGUAGACCUAAUAAUGCCGAAAUUCAAGAUUGAGACAGACUUGAAUUUAAAAGAAGUGUAUGAAAAGGUAGGAGUUAAAGGAAUAUUUAGUAAACAAGAUGCAGGUUUGACAAAUAUUGUACGAGAUGAAAUAGUUAGUGUUUCAAGUGCUAAGCAUAAGGCAUUUAUAGAGGUCAAUGAGUUUGGUACGGAAGCUGCGGCGUCUACAGACUCUCACCAUCGAGUCGGUGAUAGUUUAACUGGUGAUGACCAUAAAGAUGAUGACAAAAGACCAUUAGAUUUUCUGAUAAGUCCAAACAAUGAAGCGAAAGAUUAUUUUUUACCGCCCGUUUUUCCAAACAAUGAAGAUAUAGAAGAUGACGAUGAUGUCGAUGAAGAUGAUCACUCGUACCUAGACUACGAUUACGAUAAAGAUACUAAUUACAAAGACUCGCCAGAUGUGGUUACAGCAAAAACCAAAGAUACAUUACCAGUAGAUGAUAAAAUACCUUUACAUACAACCAAAGAUAAUUUACCAAUUUUCCUCUUAGAACCGGAGAAUACGUAUGUCGUUAAAAAUAAACCUGCAACGCUUAAAUGUCGUGCAGCAAAUGCUUUAGAAGUAUAUUUCAAAUGUAACGGCAUUAAGACACAAGCGUCGAACUUCGAAUUCGUUGAUCCGCAAACCGGGGUGCGUAUAAUAGAAGGGGAGUACAAAGUGACGAGAGAAAAUGUUGAAGAGUAUUUUGGAAGUGAGAAAUAUCAAUGUUCCUGUUUCGCUUGGACUAGCAGAGGACAGAUACGUAGUCAACCCGCUACUAUUGAACUGGCUUAUAUAAAGAAGCAUUUCUCAGUAGCUCCACAAUCACAGCUAGUGAAGCAAUACACGCCAGUGACGUUCCGCUGUGAACCACCGCCAGCUGCGCCCUUCGCUCAGCUGUAUUGGCUCAAGAACGGAGCUCCUAUCUCCGUUGAUGAUAAUGUACAAGUAUCGAAGGAAGGAGAAUUGCUCAUCAAGCAGGCGUCUUUGUUGGAUAUGGCAAACUACACUUGCGUUGCAGAGAACCUUGCUGGAAAAAGAAUGUCUGAACCCGCACUGUUAACAGUUUUCGUCAAUGGAGGCUGGACAGCAUGGUCGACGUGGAGUGACUGCUUCUGUUCGGGACAAAGUGAACAUCGUAAUGGGCGGGGAAGAAGAAGAGUCAGAACUUGUACUGCACCUCGACCCUUGAAUGGAGGACAGCCGUGCAUUGGACCUAGUGUACAGAGGACACAGGACUGCGUGGAUUGUGACUUAGAUUUAUACGUCGACAGCUUGGAUGAAUUGGCAGAUGAAUCGUCAGAUAUAAUAUUAGGUCGCUGGUCUCAAUGGUCUGAGUGGUCUCGAUGUGAUUCAGACUGCCUCCAGACCAGAAGACGAAGAUGCAUCACAAGCACUGCUUGUCUUGGAAAAGACUAUCAGGUUGCUCAAUGUCCUCUAUGCGUUCGAACCUCUAAAUCUGAUAUACGUCAUGAUGGAUCGUCAUACUGGCCGUUGUUGAUAGCAUUAUCGAUAGCGUUCCUCAUUUUCAUCGUAGUCGUAAUACUCGGUAUAAAAUAUAUGAAAAUAAAAAUGGCAGAAAAUUCUCCAUAUGUGAAACCACCCCCAGGUACCAACUACUUCGGUAACGUAAUAAAGAGGACGUGGACAAAUCAACCAGAUUUAACAAUACAUGAAGAGUUUCACACAAUCGAUUCGAGACGAACACACAGACAGACAGGCGCGUCAAGCAAUGCAAGACAUGAACAUUUGUAUGAAGUGCCACAACUAGCUAACAGCUACAUCUCCCCAAUAGAUCACGAGGUAAGAACACAACCGGAGACUUACGCUUGCAAGGACAAGGAGUCAGAUCACUCUGACUCCAGCUGCUUUUUGAGCUCGGGAUCGUCGUAUGGUAAUGAAAGUGUAGAAAUGUCACCAUCACUCAAAAACAACGCUUCUGUAGAUUCGAAAUUUCUAAAUUCACAAUAUUUGGAAACGGCUACUUCUAAAAUCGUUAAUUGUGACGGUGAUUGGCUAAAUUUGGAUAAAUGUGGAGUCAGACUGUUCAUACCCGAUGGGGUAGUUGAGAAAGGAGAGGAAUUAUUUUCUAUAGAAGUCACAGAUGAAGAGUGGAACAAACCGAAUUUACAAGAAGGUGAAACGCAACUAAGUCCAGUCAUAAGAUGUGGGCCGAAAAAUUUUCACUUCUGCAAAGCAGUUAUCCUAACAUUCCCACAUUGUGCAGCUACAAAGAACUCUAGCUGGGUUCUCUCAGUAUUACAAAAGCCUGAAGAAAUUAACUCAAGAGAAUGGAGAAAAGUCCUAACACUUGGUCAAGAAACACCAGGAACCCCGAUUUUUGCCCAAGUGGAUCCAGCGAAAGUGUUUCUUGUGUGUGAAUUCCUAAGUGAUUUUGUUCUUAUCGGUAGGAGUUUCAGUGGCUUAGAUGCAAAAUUAUUAAAACUGGCUCUCUUUCUUAGCAAACGUUCGGACGGUUUAUAUAAUCUUCAUUUACAUGUAUUUAACGAUACUCCUUACGCGUUUUACGAAUGUUUUGAAACUGAAAGGCGAUAUGGCGGUUUUCUUCUCUGCGAUCCGAAGACACUUUACUUUCAAGAGAAUUGUUCCGAUUUAUGUAUUAAUUUAAGGGAUGUUGGAACUGGAUGGAAGGUACAAUCUGGAGGGAAAUACCAAGAGUUAUCAUUUACUCACGUUUGGAACAUGAAUGUUAGAUCUUUGGAUUGUGUUUUUAUUUUACAACAGUUAGACGCGAUGAAUUGUUUAGAAUUAAAUAUCACCGUUUAUCAAAAGCAGAAACAGACGAACUCUGUCAUUUUCAAUUUAAAGACAAACGAUUUUAAUUCGAAUUUCAAUUGUAAUAAACGCUUUAGUUAUUCGGGCGUGGAAAUGGGUUACAGUAUCAAUAUUCUCGAAAAUCCAUUUAAUUAUUCGUCACUAUCAAAAAAAGAUGGCCGAUAUGAUUUCGUUUACAGAAAUAAUGGUAUUCAAAGAAAUAGUUAUACGAUUGACAAUAAUUACUAUAGGACGAACGUUUUGACUAAAUCUGAUAGGGAGAACGCAAAACCCACGUUCGUCACUCCCAACCCUUUAGAGGACGGCACAUUUGAAAACACUUUCGCCAGUGAGCACCGCGCAAGGGCCGCACCUAAUUGGAGAGCGCUUAGUACACGAGCCCUCCAACAUGUCUUAUAA